CCUACACACACAACACACCAUGGGCUUAAUACGACUCGCAGUGUGCGUUUUGGGCGUGUACGGCGCCUUCCUCCUCUGGGCGAUCGCGCAGGAGCGGCUCUCAGCCCCCUUCCCACCAGCAACGCACGAACCGCACGCACAGCCAGCAAAGUUCCCCUCGCCGCUCUUCUUCAACUGGUCCCAGGCGCUCGCUAGCGCCAGCGCCAGCGCAGCGUACCUCCUCCUCCACGCGGCGCGCGACGGGAGCCUGAAGACGCGCGGCGUGUUGGCCGUGCUCGGGCUCGACAGGCUGUUCGGCGCUGCGGAGGCGCCUACGGCGAACGGCAAGGUCGCACCAAAGGCGAACGGCAAGGCGAAUGGACACGACGCCGCCGCCGCUCCCACUCCCCUCCUUCGUACCCUCCCCGCCCUCCUCCUCCAGGUCGCCCUCUUCCAGACGACCGCCGGCCCGAUCGGCUUCCUGGCGCUCAGGCAUAUCUCGUACCCGACCAUGGUGCUGGGCAAGUCGUGCAAGCUCAUCCCCGUCCUCCUCCUCAACGUCCUCCUCUACCGCCGCAAAUUCGCCCCCGCGAAAUACCUCGUCGUCGGCCUCGUGUCGGCCGGCAUCGCGCUGUUCAUGCUCUUCGGGAAGAGCGGCGGCAAGAAGGGCGGCGGGAGUAACUCUGCGUGGGGGCUGACGCUGCUGUUGAUCAACCUCAUCAUCGACGGCCUGACCAACUCGACCCAAGACCAGAUCUUCACCCUGUACCCGGGCUACUCGGGCCAGCAGAUGAUGUUCAUCAUGGCGAGCAUCACGCUGGCCAUCCUCACGCCGGCCAUGGUCCUCCCGCUGCCGUCCCACCCGCUCGCCCUGCUGACCUUCGCCACGCGCGAGGCGCACGCCGCGCCGAGCUUCGCGCCGCCCAUCCUCCUCCAGUCGGCGCGCUUCAUCGCGUCCCACCCGUCCGCGCUCAACCCGUUGCUUGCAUACGCUGCCCUCGGAGGCCUCGGGCAGAUCUUCAUCUUCGAGACCAUCGCGCACUUUGGCUCAUUGACCCUCGUCAUGGUCACCGUCACGCGCAAGCUCUUCACCAUGCUCCUCUCUGUCAUUGUCUUCGGGCACGAGCUCACCCCCGGCCAGUGGGGCGGCGUCGCCGUCGUGUUUGCCGGUAUUGGCGUCGAGGCCGCGUUCAAGUGGGCCGAGGGCAAGAAGAAGAAGAAGGUGGCAUAG